UUUUAACUUAAACCUCCAGUUCACUAUUUAUUUGGUAGAGACUUGACAUGAAGCACUCUCUUCCAAAUAAAAACAAUGUAGAACUAUCUUGGCAUGGACAAGAAGUAGAAGCUAUGUCAAAAUUGUGUGACUUGCAAAUCCACAUUAAUGAUGAAGAAACAUUCUUUUUAUACGAGAGCUUGAUAUCAAGAUAUUGUGGAAAAUUGAAGAAAAUGUUAAAUGGUGAAAAGGGAAGAUUUUAUAUCAAUGAUUUCCCUAGAGGGCCAUAUGGAUUUGAGUUAGUUUUGAAAUUUUGUUACAACAAUGGCAAAAUCUUCAUCAAUGCUUCCAAUGUUCUUAUCCUUCACACUUGUGCUCUUUAUCUUGAAAUGACUGAAGAAAUUUUUAGCAACAAUCUCUUGCAACAAACACAAACAUUUCUUGAUGAGAUUUAUAAUUGGAAAUGGAACGAAAUAAUAGUAAGUCUCAAGAGUUGUGAUUGUGAGAUAUUUUAUUCAUAUGCAAAUAGCUAUAAUUUUUUGGAGAAGGUUAUUUGUGUAUUAAUAGCAAAGUUAGUUAAAAAUUCGGAUUUUAAUUUCAUCGCUUCCUCUUCCUUGCCGCCGCUAUCUUCUUCUAAAAGUAAUUUUGCAAAGAGAAACUCUUUUUCGACCAAAAUUUCUCCGAAGAUUAUUGUUUCAGAUUGGGCCGAGAUCCAGCUUAGAUCAACGAUAAAGUCAAAUAUUCCCAACAAAGCUUGGUGGUUCGAAGAUUUGGCUACUUUACCACCAAAGAUCAUUGAGAUGUUUCUUAAGGGUAUUGGAGCUUAUAAAAGUGAUAAUAAAAAUGUAAUUGUCACAAGAUUUUUGCUUUAUUAUAUGAAAAAAAUCACUUCAAUAAGUUGCAAAAGCAAUAGUGAGUAUGCUAGUCUUGGAGAAACAGCUUCUUAUGGAGUCAUAAAUGUUGGUGACAAGAAUUUUUCAUGUAGAGGACUUUUUUGUGUACUAAGGAUUGUAUCAAAGUUUGGAAUAAGUAAUGAUUGUAGGAAGAAAAUGGAGAAGUUGAUUGGUGGAAUGCUUGAGAAAGCAACUUUGGAUGAUCUACUAGUUUGUGGACAUGACAUGGGACUUUAUUAUGAUGUUAGUUUUGUGAUAAGGUUGAUUAAAUUAUUUGUUGAUAUUAAUGGAAAUGAUGUGAUGAAAAUGAAAAAAGUUGGUGGAUUAAUUGACAAGUAUUUGAUUGAGAUAUCUCCUGAUCAGAAGCUUAAGAUCUCAAAAUUCCUUGAAGUUGCUGAAUGUUUGCCUGAUUUUGCAAGGGAUUGCUUUGAUGGGGUCUAUAGAGCCAUUGACAUGUAUCUUGAGUCUCAUCCAAUGAUUGCUUUUGAGGAGAGUUCAAGAUUGUGUAGAUGUCUUAAUUACAACAAACUCACCUUUGAAGUUUGUAAAGAUCUAGCUAAGAAUCCCAAAAUACCUCCAAGGAUUGCAAUGCAAGCACUUAUUUCUCAACAAAUAAAUAUUCCAAUAUCAUGUGAGUUUACAAAUGAUGAAAGUAAAACCAUGAUCAGCCCUUCACAAAUCAAUUUGUGCUAUCAAGAUAACAAUGACAAUUUCUUGGAAGAGAAAGAAGAUAUGAGUAUAAAUCUUGAGAAGAUGCAAUGGAGAGUAAGGGAAUUGGAGAAAUUAUGCAAGGAAAUGAAGGUUCAGAUGUCUAAAUUUACUGGCCAUAAUGUAUAGAUUAAUAUGUGCCAAUAUUUUGUUAAAUAUGAUUCUCUUUUUCAGUUUA